UCUCCUGUUCUCCCCCCCGACCAGGUACAUUUUUUCUUCUAUCUAAUUGAAAAAAAAAAAAACUCUGACUUUAACUUCUAUGUAAGUUAUCGCAUUAUUUCUUUCUUUCUACCACUCUUUAUCUUUUUUCCCGGUAAUGGCAAGAGGCCCUGCAAGGAACCUCCUUUAUCUGUAUUCCUCUAGAGACAAUUUCACCAAGGUUAGAGCUUUUCUUCUUCCCAAUAGAUUCCAUCGGGCUGAUUCCCCAAACCCAUCAAAUUCCCAUCCUUUCCUCACUCCUGAUUCAAAAUUCUGUAUCCCACCUCAAUUCUCCCCAUCCCACUUUACACAAUCACUUAAUUAUAGGUGUUUAAAUUUCCAAAGACACCCUUUCUCGACAUUAGUAGAAAAUGGAACCCCAAAUUUGAAUUCAGCACCUGCUCUUGAAUCAGAAGUUACAGAAGUAGAUAGUAUUAGUGAUAUAGGUUUGGAUGAAAAUGGACCUGGAAAUGAGAAUUUAGAGCCUGAGAAAAGAUUGAACUUUGCUCAGAUAGCUAGCCGGGAUCCGGUAGAAAUUUAUAAAGAGCUUAGAGAUGCUUCUAAAAGUGAUAAGCAGAGUAGGAGUGAUUGGGAUCUGUUAAUUGAGGUUUUCAGAGGUUUUGCAAAAUCUGGUUGGGCUUCUAACCAGGCUUUAGCUGUGUACAUUGGUGCAUCUUUUUUUCCUACAGCCGCCCAUAAAUUUCGUAAUUUUUUUUUUAAGAAGUGCAAGAUUGAUAUAGUGAAGUACUUGGUUUUCCUUGGCCCUGGUAUUGAGGCUGAGAAGUUUUUGUUUCCAAUUUUUGUUGAGUUUUGUUUAGAAGAGUUUCCUGAUGAAAUUAAGAGGUUCAGGAGUAUGGUUGAAUCAGCUGAUUUGACGAAGCCUCAUACUUGGUUUCCAUUUGCUAGGGCAAUGAAAAGGAAAAUUGUAUAUCACUGUGGUCCGACUAAUAGUGGGAAAACGUAUAAUGCUUUGCAGAGGUUUAUGGAAGCAAAAAAGGGUAUUUAUUGCAGUCCUCUCAGGUUGUUGGCUAUGGAAGUUUUUGAUAAGGUGAAUGCAUUAGGGGUUUACUGUAGUCUCUUAACUGGGCAAGAGAAAAAAUAUGUCCCAUUUUCAAAUCAUGUUGCUUGUACUGUUGAGAUGGUGUCGGUUGAUGAGUUGUAUGAGGUGGCCGUGAUUGAUGAGAUACAAAUGAUGGCAGAUCCAUCUAGAGGUGAUGCAUGGACGAGGGCUUUGCUUGGAUUGAAGGCUGAUGAGAUACAUUUAUGUGGCGAUCCAAGUGUUUUAAACAUUGUUAGAAAGAUUUGCUCUGAGACUGGGGAUGAGUUGGUUGAACAACGUUAUGACAGGUUUAAGCCACUGGUUGUUGAGGCGAAGACCCUUUUGGGAGACUUGAAAAAUGUGAAAUCUGGGGAUUGUAUUGUUGCAUUUUCCAGGAGAGAGAUUUUUGAAGUGAAAUUAGCAAUUGAGAAGUACACAAAACACCGUUGCUGUGUCAUAUAUGGUGCGCUGCCACCAGAGACCCGUAGACAGCAAGCCAACUUGUUUAAUGAUGACAAUAAUGAAUAUGACAUCUUGGUCGCAAGUGAUGCUGUGGGAAUGGGUUUGAAUCUUCAUAUUAGAAGGGUUGUGUUCUAUAGUCUCUCAAAGUACAAUGGUGAUAAGACUGUUCCAGUUCCAGCUUCCCAGGUGAAGCAGAUUGCUGGAAGAGCUGGCCGAAGAGGGAGUCGCUACCCUGAGGGUCUAACUACCACUUUGCACCUUGAAGAUUUGGACUACUUGAUUGAGUGCUUGAAGAAGCCAUUUGACGAAGUUAAGAAAGUUGGUCUCUUUCCUUUCUUUGAACAGGUCGAGCUAUUUGCUGGCCAAUUUCCAGAUGUUACUUUUGCACAGCUACUUGAAAAGUUUGCCGAAAAUUGCAGGUUAGAUGGGUCUUACUUUCUGUGCCACCAUCACCAUAUAAAGAAAAUUGCAAAUAUGUUAGAGAAGGUCCAAGGGCUAUCUCUGGAAGAUCGUUUCAAUUUUUGCUUUGCCCCUGUUAAUAUUAGAGAUCCGAAAGCAAUGUACCAUCUUCUGAGGUUUGCGUCAUCAUAUGCACAUAAGGUCCCUGUCAAUAUUGCAAUGGGCAUGCCAAAAUGUAUUGCACGUAAUGAUUCAGAGCUCUUGGACCUUGAGACUAAGCAUCAAGUAUUGUCCAUGUAUUUGUGGUUGUCUAACCAUUUUGAAGAGGAGAAAUUUCCCUAUGUCAAGAAGGUUGAGGCAAUGGCGGUAGACAUUGCAGAACUUCUUGGUGAAUCAUUGACCAAAGCUAACUGGAAACCAGAAUCAAGAAAUCCAGGAAAACCAAGACAACAAGAGAAUGAAGGUGGUUAUGAAAGGCCAAGGUCACUAAUCAAAUUGUAUGAGCAGAAAAGGCAGGAAGGCUUCUCAGCUGGACAGAAACUAGAAAAGGUGACAGCCUAAUGCUCCUUAAGGUACAGAAAAUCAUAGUAGUAGUAUAUCUGCAGCUUUUGCGAUGCUUGGUCUGCCACUUGCUCAAAGUUACAUGCUUUGAGGAUCUGCUUUGGGUAAUUAGCUUUUCGUUGGAGGAAAAAUCUAGAUUCUAUCAGACGUAUACGCUACGCUACUUUCUUUGUGCAUCAUCCUAGCUAAUUGUAUAUGGCAUAUACUUGUUUUAGCAGAAUAAUGCACGCCUAGCGCCUUAAUUUACAGUACAUAAGAGUGGACUUGAAGCUUUUUGCCCGUCUUACUUGGGAUGCAAUGGAUGGGGAAACGUUCACAAUGAUCAGCCUAUCAGGCCAAUGUCAAGUUCAGCCAGCAAACUAACCUUGAAGAUGGUGCACAGUUGGCUUAAGAAAUUAUGCUAGUACUAUUGCAACCUUGCAUAAAUCGUGGCUGCAAGCUUCUGGCAGAAAUUAUUGGGCUUGCCUCUGUAACAUGGGUGAUUGCAUGAAAUAUUCUCCAAAAGCGGUUGGUGAGUUGCAAAUAUUCUGUUCCAGCAUAAUAUGUCUCAUCCAGAUAUCAUCUUGUACGAGUAAUUAUUGUUUCGAUCAAGUAUAACUUACAUAUUAGCCGCAGCAUGAGUACUGGAAAUUAUGAUCAAGAGUUUCAACCUCAGCUGAAUUCGAUUUAAGGGGUAAAACACCA